GAUCCUUUUACAGACAACACACACUUAUAGCAACACGCUGGUAGACUUGGGAGUUUGUGUGCAGCAUGGCAGGGUAGCUUCCAUAAAGUAACUGCGAAAAUCACCGUUUUAGGGUUACCUGCUUUACUUUACUGACAUGUAUUUGUGUCUAUGGGUAAUUUCUAUUUGAGUUGGUGCUGUCUUGCUUGUGACUGACCACUUACACAAGUCCUGUAGAGGACAUCGACGUCCCUCACGGUUGCUUCACUUACUUGGCACUGUGUAUUCUACUGCCAUGGCGGAUUACCUUAUCAGCGGAGGAACCAGCUAUGUCCCUGACGAUGGCCUUUCAGCACAACAGCUCUUCGGAAAUGGUGACGGACUCACUUAUAAUGAUUUCUUAAUACUUCCCGGAUACAUUGACUUUACAGCAGAUGAGGUGGAUCUGACCUCUGCCCUUACUAGGAAAAUUUCUUUGAAGACUCCUUUGAUUUCUAGUCCAAUGGAUACAGUUACAGAGGCCAACAUGGCUAUUGCCAUGGCACUCACAGGAGGAAUUGGAUUUAUGCAUCAUAACUGCACGCCAGAGUUCCAAGCCAAUGAAGUACGCAAAGUCAAAAAAUAUGAACAGGGGUUUAUUACUGACCCUGUAGUCAUGAGUCCUCUACAUUUGGUCCGAGAUGUGUAUGAAGCAAAGGCACGGCAUGGUUUCUCUGGCAUUCCCAUCACAAACAAUGGAAAAAUGGGUGGAGAACUGGUAGGCAUCAUAACUUCCAGGGACAUUGAUUUCCUGAAAGAAGAAGAAUAUGAUUUACCACUCAGUGAGGUCAUGACAAAGCGUGAAGAUUUAGUAGUCGCCCCUGCUGAAGUAACAUUGAAAGAAGCCAAUGAAAUCUUGCAAAGAAGCAAAAAAGGCAAGCUGCCAAUUGUAAAUGAAAGAGGGGAAUUGGUGGCAAUCAUUGCUCGUACAGACCUGAAAAAGAAUCGGGAUUAUCCAUUAGCAUCUAAGGAUAGCAAGAAACAGCUGCUGUGUGGUGCUGCUAUUGGAACCCAUCAAGAUGACAAGUAUCGUCUUGACCUGCUGGUGCAGGCAGGUGUUGAUGUGGUAGUGCUGGAUUCGUCACAAGGAAACUCUAUUUUCCAGGUUGGCAUGAUCAACUACAUCAAAGAGAAGUAUCCUGAUUUGCAGGUCAUUGGAGGAAAUGUUGUGACAGCAGCCCAAGCCAAAAAUCUUAUUGAUGCCGGAGUGGAUGCUCUACGUGUAGGAAUGGGAAGCGGUUCCAUAUGUAUCACACAGGAAGCUGGCCCUACUGUUCCUCCAGAUAUAAAGUCUCACAGCCCUAAAUGUGCCUCAACUGUCAUGGGCACUUAUAUUUUAGCAUGUGGACGACCCCAGGCCACUGCCGUAUACAAAGUAUCAGAAUAUGCCCGAAGGUUUGGUAUACCAGUAAUUGCAGAUGGAGGCAUUCAGACAGUAGGGCACAUUGCCAAGGCUCUGGCGCUAGGAGCAUCUACAGUGAUGAUGGGCUCACUUCUAGCUGCCACUACUGAAGCUCCUGGUGAAUACUUUUUCUCUGAUGGAAUUAGGCUAAAAAAAUAUCGUGGAAUGGGUUCCUUGGAUGCCAUGGACAAAAACUUGGGUAGCCAGAAUAGAUACUUCAGUGAGGCUGAUAAGAUUAAAGUGGCCCAGGGAGUCUCUGGAGCUGUACGGGAUAAAGGCUCAAUCCACAGAUUUAUCCCAUACCUUAUUGCUGGGAUACAGCAUUCUUGCCAGGACAUCGGUGCAAAGAGUUUAACACAAGUCAGAGCAAUGAUGUACUCUGGAGAGCUGAAAUUUGAAAAGAGAACAAUGUCUGCACAAGUAGAAGGUGGUGUUCAUGGUCUGCAUUCAUAUGAGAAGAGGCUAUUCUGAACUGCAAGAACAUCAGUCAUCAGAAAGCCAUGCUGUUAGUCCUGUUAUUCAGUAGCUGCACUGACAUCCAUAUCAGUUCAGCGGCACAUUAUACAUACGCUGUAUAUUCAUGCACUGCUGUUGAAUAAACCCAGCUUCCAAAAGACAAGUCAGUUCCACUGGUCUUCCGGCUUUCAAAACAGAAAUCAAUUCCACUGCUCUGUCAGCAGUCAGUAUACUGAGCACAACAUGCACUGUAAUCUUAAGAGUAUUUGCACUGGGAUUCCAAGUGCGCAAAUGUCAAAACUUGAAAAUAUGGCUUCUCAAUCAUGUGAAAAUAAUGCAUGCACAAUUCAUCAGGAUAUUUAAAUGAUCUGCAGACUACACUGGAACUGUGUGUUGAUAUCAAAGAAGGUGUGAUAUUUUUCAUGUUCUUAAGAACAUAAUAAAAGUUUUUCAAUUUAAA